AUGAACAACGCCACCAAAGAAGUGGACAAGAAUAAUAGCAAAGAUCACAAAAAAACUUCCGACGAUAACAGCUCAUCAGAAAGGCGCGACAAUAAGAGACGCGAUUCAGUGACGGGUUCUGUGCUCGAUACAGGCUCAUCAUCGAACAGUAGCUCGGCUGAUUCAGACGAACUCGAGUUGUUGGACAGUUCAUGUGAGAGCAAAAAAAUUAUGGCAACAACCCUAACAGAAGAACAAUCAGCUAUUUCUGAGAGUAGUAACAGCCGAGCGCAACAUUGGGAUCGAAAAGAAUGUGUGCAAUUAAAUGAACUUGAAAAGAGUAAAAUCAGAGAAAAUAAGUGCGCAUCAAUGAUGACGUACGGGAUGGUAAAAUUUCAGUAUCAACAAGCUCAGGAGAAGGCCACUCGUGAUCGAUUGGAAAAAGCGUCAGUGGUACAGAAUUUACUUAGUUUACGCAUAACCGACAGUCAGUCAGUGGCUCAGAAGAGAAGUCACCAACAACAACAACAGCAGCAGCAACAAUCAGUACCGAUCAGUUUCGGCGAUUUCAACGAAGAGAAUCGAGUCUGUCCAUCGCAGUCACAAUCAACUGGCAACAAUAACACAUUCACGACAUUCUCUGGCAUGAAUACAUUCAACGAGAAUGAACUCAUUCAGGUGUAUUCGACGGGUAAUAAAUUACAUGGAUUGUUUCGUUGCGAUGAUUCAAGUACAAAUGCACCCUCAAAGGUUCAGCUCUCACUGGAUAAUACAAGCAGUUAUAACCAUAUGGAUAACGGUAAUGGAGGAGAGGAUAACAGUGAUAGUCUGGCCAAUAAGGAUGGCUUAGAGAUGGAGAAUGUUCUUAAAAUGGUCGAUGAUAGCAAUAAGGGUGUCAUCCAUCAGUUCUACAACGAGAAACAACAUACAACGGUCUUACAUCAGUUGGCAGCAACAAGAAAUAUUAACAAACCAUGCUCUGUCAGAGAUCAUGGCAGUUGCAGAAUGAUUCGGUUGAUUCUGGAUAUGUUGUCUUGGAAGGAUAUGCGCUCAACGAUGCGUGAGCGUACAACUCGCACUGGUAAGACUGCGAUGCAUCUGGCUGCAUCCACUGGACAAUCGUGUCAGCUGGACGCGUUGAUGUCUUAUGUUGCGAACAAUAACGUGCAUUUGGUGAAAAUGUUGCUGUGGUAUGGUGCAGAUUUGUCGUUGAUGGAACGGCAGUGCACUCCAUUACAACUGGCAUCACUUAAUCCGUGUACAUUAGAGGUAUGUUUUAGUAUCUCUGCGUUAGACAAGUAA